AUGGAGAAGGCAUUGAGUUUGGAGAUAGAUGACUUUUCGAAGAAGAACAAUGGGAUAAAGUCCGAUAACUUCUCAAGUGGUGGCUGCGAAUGGUUUGUUAAGGUGUAUCCCAAGGGAUACCGUUGCUCUGAUCACUUGUCUCUGUUCCUACACGUUGUGAAUCCUGAAUCAUUGAGACGUGGAUGGAAAAGGAGAGCUAUUUAUUGCUUCGUUUUAUCGAAUCAAUCCGGCCAAGUUCUAUACAGAUCACCAAAUGAAAGCAAGUGCGAUUUGUUCUGCGCUGAGGUCCCAAACUGGGGUUGCCAGAAGACGUUGCCUCUUACCGAGCUAGGGUUCCUGGAAAAGAACAAACUAACCGUUGAAGUCUACAUCAAAGUAGUUGAAGUUGUUCAUCAAGGAAAAUCAACCGAGAAUGAUAUUAUAGAUUUUAAUGGUUUCCAAAUCAUUGCUUCUCAAGCUUUUUCAGUGGCCAAUAUUGUCUCACAGGACCCAUACUUUGUAGUAGAUUUCAGACCGGAGAACCAAUGGGUCCAAACAAAGUAUAUGUCUCUCCUUGGCCUCGUCGAGACACUGAGCAAGUCUCCACAGAGCUUGUCUGCGACUGAACUAAGCAAUGCUCAAAGAGAUUUGACUGCACUGACUGAAGCAGGCUUCAAGCUCGACUGGUUAAAUUCAAAGCUUGAGGAGGUUUCCUUGGAGUGGAAGAAAGCAUCACAUUCUGAUGGAUCUUCUGUCCAACAACUCAAGGAACAGGUCAAGAAUGUGGAAUUGUCUUUGUCGGAUCUCAUUGUUGAACUGGAGAAUGUGAAGAUUAAAUCUGCUGCUGCUGCCAAAGUUUCUUCGUUUCAGUUUAUAGAUUUUCUUAUUAAGAAAUUCUUUCUCUCUUGCUUCUCAUUCUCAAAAUCCUAG